AUGGCCAGCAACGGCACCAACGGAGCCGACGCCAAGAAGAGCAAGUUCGACCCCGACUUCACACAGCAUGUCAUCGAUCUCAUGAGCCCGGAGACGAAGCCCAGACAUCGAGAGGUCCUCGGCUCUUUAAUCAAGCACCUCCACGACUUCUGCAGAGACGUCGAGCUCACACAAGAAGAAUGGGUGCUCGGUGUCAACUACAUCAACGCCAUUGGCCAGGCGUACAAGAAGAACCGCAACGAGGCAUGGAGAGUGUGUGACAUCUUGGGUAUUGAAUCUCUCGUUGAUGAGAUCAACCACACCGUCGUAACCGACACGGGCAAUGCCCCUACGUCCUCAGCAAUCCUCGGCCCCUUCUGGUCCCCCGAAACUCCCUUCCGCGAUCUCGGCUCCUCCGUUGUCCAAGACAUGCCCAAGGAUGGCCAGCUCACCUUCUUCCACGGUGUCAUCCUGGAUGCCGACACGGGCAAAGGCAUUCCUGACGCUGUGUUUGACAUGUGGCAGGCCAGCACCAACGGCAAAUACGACACUUUCGACCCUGAAAACCAGUCGCGCCACAACCUCCGCGGCAAGUUCAAGACGAACGAGGAGGGCAAGUUUUGGUUCUACUGCCUCAAGCCUACCGAGUACGCCAUUGACACUUCCGGCCCCUCGGCCGACCUGCUCCGUCUCAUGGGCCGCCAUCCCUACCGCCCCGCACACAUCCACAUAAUGGUCACCCACCCGGACUUCAUCGGCGUCACGGCUCAGCUCUACCCCAGCGACGACAAGUACCUCGAGACCGACACCGCCUGCGCCGUCAAGCCCGACCUGCUGCUCGACUUCAAGCCUGUCAAGGACGAGCCCAAGGGCGCCGUCCUGGACGUCGAGUACAACGUCCGCCUGGUGUCCAAGAAGUACAAGCCGGAUUCCAAGAUGCUCAUGCAGAAUGCAAAUCAGGACAAGUUUUAG